AUGGAGGGUGUCCACUCGCGCGAGUACCCCCUACGUUUCAAUUACCAGUUAAGUUUCUUCCUAAGCGAUUAUCUACCUCUCGAUCGAUACAAGCAAACAUGUCUCCAGUUGAUGUUGGAGGAUGCACCAAAUCCUGGGGGUACCUCAAAAUGUUAA